GAACCACUUACUGGUGAUUAAAAGGAGGGACCCGGCAGCGGGGCGGGGCCUGCCAGGCGCCUGGGCCGGGCGAUUGGGUUCACCCUGGGGGGCUGCGCUUUAAGUGCCGCCAGCGGAGGACCCCCCCCCCCCCCACCUCCCGCAGCACCCGACGCCGCGGAGACGUCAGCGGCGCGCAGCCGGAGCUCCGCACCUAGCUUCGCCUGCGGCUGCGGACCGACGGACAGGCGGACGCGGGCAGGUGGCACCGCAGGACGCGGGCAAAGGCGCGCGGGGCCGGGGAACAGCGGAGCCGCGGCCGCCCGCCUCGGCGCCAUGGACGGCCCCGACAACGCGACGCUGCUCUUCGCCCCGUCCUCGCUGCAGCCGGACAACUACACGCUGUCGCCCAAUGCCAGCAGCCUGAGCGCCGGCCCCGACCUGUCCGUCACCCCUGCCUCCAGCGCCGGCCCCAGCCCCGGGCUCAGCCUCGCGCCCAGUCCCGGCGUCGGUUUCAGCCCCGGCUCCGCGCCCACCCCAGAGCCGACGGCAGGCAGCUCGGCGGGCGUCUCGGCCAGCCUGGGCCCGUCCCUGUUCCCCCACUCCUGGGCGCACCCCCAGACCCCGUUCUGGGACACGCCGCUGAACCACGGGCUGAACGUGUUCGUGGGAGCCGCCCUGUGCAUCACCAUGCUGGGCCUGGGCUGCACGGUGGACGUGAACCACUUCGGGGAGCACGUCCGCCGGCCCGUGGGCGCGCUGCUGGCCGCGCUCUGCCAGUUCGGCUUGCUGCCGCUGCUGGCCUUCCUGCUGGCCCUGGCCUUCUCGCUGAACGAGGUGGCCGCCGUGGCGGUGCUCCUGUGUGGCUGCUGUCCCGGCGGGAAUCUGUCCAACCUCAUGUCCCUGCUGGUUGACGGCGACAUGAACCUCAGCAUCAUCAUGACCAUCUCCUCCACGCUUCUGGCCCUAGUCUUGAUGCCCCUGUGCCUGUGGAUCUACAGCCGGGCUUGGAUCGACACCCCUCUGGUGCAAUUACUACCUCUGGGGGCAGUGACCCUGACCCUCUGCAGCACUCUCCUCCCUAUCGGCUUGGGGGUCUUCAUUCGAUACAAAUACAACCGGGUGGCGGACUACAUUGUGAAGGUCUCCCUGUGGUCUCUGCUAGUGACACUGGUGGUCCUUUUCAUAAUGACUGGCACUAUGUUAGGACCUGAACUGUUGGCGAGCAUUCCUGCAAGUGUUUACGUGGUAGCCAUUUUCAUGCCCUUGGCGGGCUAUGCCUCAGGCUACGGCUUAGCUACUCUCUUCCGUCUUCCACCCAACUGCAAGAGGACCGUGUGCCUGGAAACAGGGAGUCAGAAUGUGCAGCUCUGUACCGCCAUUCUAAAACUGGCCUUCCGGCCGCAGUUGAUAGGAAGCAUGUACAUGUUUCCUUUGCUGUAUGCCCUUUUCCAGUCCGCAGAAGCAGGGAUUUUUGUCUUAAUAUAUAAGGUGUAUGGAAGUGAGAUACUACACAAGCGAGAUCCUCUAGAUGAAGAUGAAGAUACAGACGUUUCUUACAAGAAACUAAAAGAAGAGGAAAUGGCGGACCCUUCCUAUGGCACAGUGAAAGCUGACAAUUUAAUUAUGAUGGAAACCACUCAGACUUCUCUCUGAACACGGAGAUACAGAGGAGUUUCUAUCUUGCUGAAAUGUUACUUCAUAUUUAUGAUGUUUUUCGUCUGUGGUAGUGAAUGUGGUUGACAUAAAGGGUAACACAUGGUUCACAUUAUCAUACAUGUAACAGUUAUGACCUUCUUCCCGUUGUAAGGUUGUAUUGGUGUAUUAACCAAGCACUUUCGCAAAUUACACAUCAAUGUCAUAAUACAACUUGCACCCGGGACUGCUGAAGUAAAGCCUGAACAUGUUCAUGUGCUCUUUGGUUUUUAUCAUUACCAAUUUCUAGGACUGUUUCAAAUACAUACACUCUCAGAAAACAGGGUCUUGGAAAUGCAGAAUUUGGGUGCACUCUUAUGGUAGUAAAAACAAGUUUUGUUUUGUUUUGUUUUGGUAAAACAUAACUUGUAAAGCAAUUUGUAAACCAUAACUGAGUUGAAUGUAAUUGUUGUUAGAAAAAAAAAAAGUGCUUGCUCCAUGUAGAAAUACCUGACAAUGUUGAAUUUUGAUCUGUAUUCAAAAAAUCCCCAAACAGGUCAACUAAACAAUGAAAUACAGUUAUUUUAUUGUCAAACCUGUAUCAAAUCAGAAAAAAAAUACAUUAAUG